UCUCGUCUGUCGUCUCUGUUGUCUGUGUGUCUUUUGAGCAUUUUCAAGAUGUGAAUUCAUCUAGAGCUACCGCACAUAUUGUGACAAGAUGCCAGAAAUCAAGGUAGUUCCUUUAGGAGCUGGACAAGAUGUUGGGCGCAGUUGUAUCCUUGUGACUAUUGGUGGAAAGAAUAUCAUGCUUGACUGUGGAAUGCACAUGGGAUAUAAUGAUGAGAGACGUUUCCCUGAUUUUUCGUACAUCACUAGAGCAGGCCGCUUAACACAGCAUCUGGAUUGCGUGAUUAUCAGCCAUUUUCAUUUAGAUCACUGUGGUGCAUUACCAUAUUUCUCAGAAAUGGUUGGCUAUGAUGGACCUAUCUACAUGACACACCCAACUAAGGCUAUAUGUCCUAUUCUGUUGGUAAGGCUGUUGUUAACACAAGCAUUUGCAAACCCCAAUGUCACGAUCAAAUCUACCACUGACUUGUUGCAAGUAAUGCACAAUAAUUUGCUUUACCAUCUACAAGGCUAUUGCCUAAGGAAAUUUAUAGGGAGCCCUUUGGGCUCCAGAGCAUUGUUUAUAUUGCAAAGUAUUCCACUGAUGUUACAUACCUCUUCAUAGGGUGACUACAAUAUGACACCUGACAGACAUCUGGGGGCAGCUUGGAUUGACAAAUGCAGACCAGAUGUACUCAUAACUGAAUCAACUUAUGCCACAACUAUCAGAGACUCCAAAAGAUGCAGAGAGCGAGACUUUCUAAAGAAGGUUCACGAGGCUAUGGACAAAGGUGGCAAGGUGUUGAUUCCAGUGUUUGCUUUGGGACGAGCUCAGGAACUUUGCAUUUUACUGGAAACAUAUUGGGACAGAAUGAAUUUAAAAGCACCGAUAUAUUUCUCAACAGGGCUCACUGAAAAGGCAAACCAUUACUACAAGUUAUUUGUGACAUGGACUAACCAGAAAAUAAAGAACACCUUUGUCCAAAGAAACAUGUUUGAUUUCAAACAUAUUAAGCCAUUUGACAGAUCAUACAUUGACAAUCCAGGACCAAUGGUUGUUUUUGCAACACCUGGUAUGCUGCAUGCGGGAUUGUCACUGCAGAUUUUCAAGAAAUGGGCCUCAGAUGAGAAGAACAUGGUUGUAAUUCCUGGUUAUUGUGUCGCUGGAACUGUGGGUCACAAGGUGUUGUCUGGACAGAAGAAAAUUGAACUGGACAAGAAAAGUGUUAUUGAUGUCAAGCUAUCAGUUCAGUACAUGUCAUUCAGUGCACAUGCUGAUGCAAAGGGAAUCAUGCAGCUGAUUCGUCAGGCUGAGCCUAAGAAUGUUGUUUUGGUUCAUGGAGAAGCUGGAAAGAUGGAUUUUUUAAAACAGCAAAUUGAGAAAGAAUUUGGGAUAAACUGCUACAAACCAGCAAAUGGAGAAACAGUGUGUAUGACUACCAUUCCCACCAUUACAGUCGACAUGUCUCUAGAUUUGCUGAAAAGAAAAGUCACGUCUCUGGAAAGAAAAGAUGCGAAAAGAGCAAAGCUUACUCCUCACAAUAAUCACCUGCCAUUACAAGGGGUUUUAGUUCUGAAAGACACGUCUGUUAGAUUAAUGGAACCGGCUCAAGUCAUGAAAGAAUUGGGUCUGACUGAACAUAAACUUCGAUUUACGUCAUCUGUUACUAUGGAGACCACAGUACCACAUCACGUGUUCGUCGAAAGAAUGCAGUGUGAGCUUGAAAGACUUCUUCCAAACUACUCUGUACAGCAAAUGGCGGAAGGUUGUUUAUCAGUGGAUUCUGUUCUCAUCAAGAUAUCACCCAGUAGUGAUGAAGAUGGUGGCUCACCCUGUACAGCGCUUGUGUCCUGGACAUUGCAGGAAGAAGAAUUAGGAAGUCACGUACUCUCUUUAUUACGUGACCGAACAGCCGUGGCUGUGUCUCGGUCCGGAGAGCCAGUAGGUCCGAGCUGAUGAAGGAGUUCAUCAGUCCGGUUAUCCCGAGGAAAUGAUCAUGCUGAAGAAAUGAAAUGCUGACAGAGUCCACCGUACCUGUCUUGUGUAUAGCUGAUAUCAGACAGUUUACCUGCCCUGCUAUCAUACGGAAGUUGUUGUUGCCUUAAAAACAGGAGAAGAAAAACAAAGGCCUUGGUAGUAGCGUGAAGGGGUAAACACGGCUCAAGUUAGAGUCGAUAAACAAGACAGUUUGUGCCAUGGUGCAAAUUUAUCGAGUAACUGACCUUUGUAGAAACGUGGCACUAUUGGGUUUAAGACUGUGGUAAAUUUUUAAGUAUGAACAAUAGCGUACGUUUUGUCAUUUGACAUACCAGCCUCAUAUCCUGGAAGGUUUCGAAGUAGCCAAAUUCCUGGCAAGGACGAGCAAGGGUACGGGAACACCUUGAAGCUCGGCUGUACCUGACCACCCUCUUACCCACCCGCCACGGUACCAGUCCUGUUUCAGAUGUUCAAAAUGUUUGUCUCUUUGUGCUGCUCCUAGCAUACUUACUGGUGGAUAAGGCUCUUUCCCUACCAACAUCUUUUGCGCUCGUGAACGUACACAAAAUGGCUAAUCUUUAAUAUAGCUUUGUAGACAAUUCUUCUGAAUCGAAUCUCAACUGAUCAAUACGUACGCCAUAUGAAAUUAUGAGCUAUGGUCUAACAAGCCUGAAAGCUCUUUCUGUGUUGGUUUUCCACAGAAUCCGACUAAUAGCAGAAACACAACUGAUUGGUGGUAGUAUAGCUUAGUUGUUCUUCAUUUAUUUGUUGUUCAACACUGACGGGAAUAUUCAUGCUCUGUUGAUAACUGACCCGGCAAAGGCUGGAUUGUAAGAAAAUAGGUACGACAUAUGUACAUGAGACCGCCUACUACUGAAUCAUUUGUCACGAGUUGUGUAAUGAUGGUACAGUAUUAUUCUUAGGGACUCCCCUAUUUGUAAUGUGUCUAGGCGUGGAGGGAUCUUGAGUUUCGGUAAACCUAUGGAUUGCACCAAUUCUUCCAGGUAUAAAGUUCGUUCCCCCAUUGUUAUUGAGUGCCGCCAUGUUUUGCAGUUCUAGCAAAUGUAACCGUGGUUUGUAUCAACUUCAAAGAAUUCAUUAAUAGGUUUGGAAAUGUGUUAGAAAAUUGAAGAACUGUUGUAGACCCAAUGUGAUCUUCACAAAGGAAUUGUCAUACAUUGUUGCUGUCUUCUGCGUGAAGUAAGAAGUUUGUCUUUUCAUAUAGCAAAGAUAUAAGUGACGUCAGCUAUUGUUAUUAAUAUGCCAACCAGAGAACUAUUGGCUGGUGAAACAAAGAAUUCUUUUGUUUACCGUUUUGAACAUUUAAAUAACAAAAACAAUGUUUGUAAACAAAUAUCUUCCCUAUUACGACAUGAUCUUCCCCAGAUCACUUUCUUCUGUAUUUCCAAAAUUAAUUAAGACCAAUUUUCUUUGCUGUUUUGUGUGCUCGCGUCUCUUUUCUAUGGUUGACGUUAGUAAAACAUUUGUCGAAUUUGCCGGCGAUUAUAUACAUGUAACCCAGUGGUGUCUCAUAAAUAUUCAAAACUGAUGAACACAAAGAAAUCGAAUGAUUGUUUUGAGGGUUUGUCAAAUUGACGGCAGAAAGACAGCGACUAAUAAAUAGGAUUUAAAAA